CUUGCUUUAUGGCAGUAAUUCAAAACAAAAGCAACACUAGCGUCGAAAUGAAUUUAGUUUAUCCUUGAGAAGAUAAAUAAAAUUAAGGUUACUGAGGAAGAUGGCAGUGAACAUGCCUGGACUUGUGGCAGUUAUUGCCUUCUAUGUAUUAAUUCUUGCAACUGGAAUUUGGGCAUCUCGAAAAUCAAAGCGGGAAGAGAAAAAAUGCUCUGGAGACAAAAGUGAGGUGGCCAUGAUUGGAGGAAGGAACAUUGGGUCCUUCGUUGGGAUUUUUACAAUGACAGCAACAUGGGUUGGAGGAGGCUUCAUCAAUGGAAUUGCUGAAGUAGUUUAUCUGCCACAUCGUGGGCUAAGCUGGACACAGGCACCCAUAACUUAUUGUUUGAAUCUUAUUUUAGGUGGCCUUCUCUUUGCAAAACCAAUGAGAGCCAAUCGAUAUGUCACCAUGAUGGACCCACUGCAGAUUAAAUUUGGUAGAGUUAUGGGUAGCCUCCUCUUGAUCCCAGCUAUAUUAGGAGACAUAUUCUGGUCAGCUGCUAUUCUUGCAGCAUUAGGUGCUACAAUGACCGUAAUUUUGGAUAUUGAAACUUAUUUGUCAAUCCUUAUAUCAGCUUGUGUAGUUAUAAUAUACACAUUAUUGGGUGGUCUCUACUCCGUGGCAUACACAGAUGUGAUGCAAAUGAUUUUUAUCAUCAUCAGUCUGUGGCUUUGUGUGCCAUUUGCCAUAAAAAAUCCAGCAGUUGUAGACAUCAAAUAUACCAUGGUAAAUAAAGUUUACCAAAGCCCAUGGAUUGGUAAAAUAGAAGUGAACCAGAUCGGCCGAUGGAUUGAUGAUCUACUUUAUAUGAGUCUGGGAGGCAUUCCUUGGCAAGUGUAUUUUCAGCGGGUUCUUGCUGCAUCAUCAGUUUCUCAAGCACAAAAAACGUCUUAUGUUGCUGGUGUUCUCUGCUUCACCUUAUCUUUCCCUUCCAUCAUUAUUGGUGCAGUUGCAGUUUCUACAGAUUGGAAUCAUACAAGCUACAGCUUGCCAACUCCACUUGAAAGGCAAGAAGCCAGCAUGAUAUUACCAAUUGUCCUUCAAUAUCUGUGCCCUGUUUACAUUUCUAUAUUGGGAAUUGGUGCCAUUUCAGCAGCAGUUAUGUCAUCAGCAGAUUCAUCACUUUUAUCAGCAAGUUCAAUGUUUGCACGCAAUAUCUACAAGACUAUUAUUAGGAAAAAGGCUGCUGAGAAGGAGGUGAUAUGGGUUAUGCGAGCAACAGUAGUUCUAUCUGGAGCUGCAGCUACAGCACUGGCACUUCUGACAAACUCAAUUUAUGGUCUGUGGUUCCUGAGUUCAGAAUUAGUGUAUGCCAUAUUGUUUCCACAGUUUGUCUGUGUCCUCUUCAUUCCAAACACAAAUACAUAUGGAUCAGCUGCAGGGUAUUUUGUUGGAUUAACCUUGAGACUAUUAGCUGGAGAACCAUUCCUUCAAAUCCCGCCUCUAAUUCAAUAUCCAGGCAUUUCCUUUGAGAAUGGCACUUAUCAGCAACUCUUUCCAUUUAAAACUCUCACAAUGUUGCUAUCCUUAAUUUCAACUGUCAUGUUCUCAUAUCUGGCCUUAUUUGUAUUUAAGAGAAAGCUUCUACCUGCAAAAUAUGAUGUUUUCAAAAUUGUUGAUAAAAUUCAGGAAUUGCCUGCAACAGUGGAGGAGCAGAUUAUGUUAUAAGAUUGCAACAAUCAUGAACUGGAAUCUGACAAGAACCACAUGUCACAAUUAGUAUUUUAAUGUUCAUAAGUUCCUCAAAUUACUAUUUUUAAUAAAACUGUUGAGAAUUUAUAUUGUGCUUCUCUCUGCCACUUCUGCGAAAGUGUGAUGGAAUCUCCCAUUGUGCGGAAACAGGAUUUCAGAUGAUCUUACACUGAAGUUAUGAUGAAAAGAUAGAAGCUGAAGAAAUUCGCCAUUCUUUUCAUAUACUCACAAUAAUCACAGCUACGUUAUGCUGAGAUAUGAUUUUUUUAAAUUGUUAUUUCAGAGAAACAGAGGAUUUUGUCACCAAAAAUCUCUAGACAUGUACAAAUACUGGCUCAUUGAUCUUCUGAUAAGAAAUUUGAAUGGAGAUCGGUACUACUUUGGGAAUUAGAAGGUGUUAACUUCUGUUUGUCUCGCAUACUAUUUCAGGACAUUCAUGAAUUAAGCUGAGCAGUAAUUUUCUAACACAUAAAAAUUCAAGACAUUGAAGUAUCAGUUAUAAACGUGGAACUAAUUCUGACUUCAUUAAGUAACAAUUGGAACAGGGUUAGACUGGAUUCAUGGACACAAAAAUCAAAAUGACCCUCAAAUUUACUUAAAAAAUGUUCAUUGGAUGGCACUGAUCCCACCCCUUGUCUGUUUUAAACUGUCACUUCAGAGUGUUUCCUCUCUUGUCUAUUCGACAGAUUUCUCAGCAGGAAUCACUCUAUUUGAGCUUUUUACAAGGAGGAAUGUCAGUUAACGCAGACAGCAUCUGGUAUGUUCUAUAUUCUCCCACUCAUAUCAACCCACUCAUAUACAUCUAUAAAUAGAUGACAUUUAUUUCUCAAGGGGCCCCAUGACAUUAGAUCUGAAUAAGAGAUAAAUAAUAUGUGAAGGUCUGAGUAUUGUAUUUUUGGAUUUCAGCAUCCGAUCCGCAGGGCUACUGGAGGUGGCAAUCUUGGAGACUGGAAGGGCACUUAAUUAGUUUGAGUCUUACGCAAACUCUGUUGCUUUUUUGGUUCUACUGGAAUUGUUCUGGGUAGGAAGGCCUGUGGAAUAGAGCUGGUGCUUGAUUCCUGCUUUUGUGGUUUCAAAAGACAACGAGUCAUUUAAAUCAUCAGCUGCCUCCACUCCUGCAUCAUUUUGAUAAGGUGAGGCAAAUGUCUGAAUGUAUCAGUUAACAAAAGUUCUGAAUGUUCUGGAUUCAUUUAAAUAGCUAAGGCGCUCUUUUGGAGAAGUAAUGUACCACUGUGGAUCUUGUCCUGGGGAACAUUUGGAAGAAGUAAGCUGCCCUUUGAUGGAGGUGAAUUGGCAUGGAAAGGAAAAGGAUGAUGACAACCAUGUGUUAAUGUAAUUUGGCAUAAAGAGACAUUGGAUACAUUUGUUGGAACAUGAGGGGUUAGUAGAGUUGCAUACAAGGUAUGGUGGGAUAUGUAGAUUUGCAUAGAGUGGUAGAGUUUAUGAUAGGCCAGAAAUGAGGGGUAUACGGGAUGUGAACAGCUAUUGAAGGGGAGUAAAAGGCAUAAAGUGCAUUGGCUGCAUGAGGGGGUCAUAGAUAUGGACACAGGAACAUAGGUUUGCAUAAUGGUAUAGCAGGCUGUUGCAAUGGGGAGGGCAUGAGAGUAUGAGGUGGGAUGCAGUUGACAUAGAUGGAGCUUCGAAAGUGCCAAAAGGGCGUAAGGAGUGAGGACUAGGAGGGUUUCCUUUAGAUUCAUGAAAUUUUUAGCAAUGUACAGAAGCAGUCUUUGUACUCAGCCUGCAUCAAGUAACCUCUGGUCUCAUUCUGGAAUCACCUGGUACCACUCCUCAUGAAUCCUUCCACCCAGAAAGAAAAUAUGACCUUCCUGGACAGCUCUUCCUAGGUCAGGGUUACAAAGCUGAGAAAUGCCCGAUCUGUGAACACCAAACCCAAAAGUGAUCAUCUGGGCCAAAAGCUGAUCACUGUGCUGGACAUUGAUUGCCAACCCACUGUCCAAUGAACUGGGACCUCAGAAAGCCUGUUUGAAAAAUUUGGAAUCUAUGGGACUCAAAGUCCAAACCUUGGAAUUAUAGCUGGUGUCUUUAUUUCAAUUCCAAGAUUCAUGUAAAUAUUUUCAGGAUAUUCAAUACAUUUGUUAGACCUUGUUGCAUCUGCUUUCAAAAUAGAAAACUGGAGACAAAAACGGCCUAUUUCAAGGGCUAUGUCCCAUGCUCAGAUAGGCUUUUGAUCAUGCUCAAGCAUUCCAGGCAAAGUUGUCAAAAAAUCCUUGUAUUUAUGUAAGUUGAUGAAAAUUCCCUUCAAAGGAAUGUUAUGACAAAAAAAAUUGAUACAAUGCUGCUGCAAGAGGUAUUUGGGCAGAUGACCAAAGACUUCAAAGACAUAGGCGUUAAGGAAUAUCAUGAAGGAGGAAAGAGAAGUUUAAGAAGAGGAUGCUAAGUAGCUAAUGACAUGGCCAACACUGGUGGAGCAAUUCAAAAUCAGGACAUUUAAGAGGCCAAGCAUAUUGGAGGGUGUGGCAACUUAGAAAUAGGAAUGGGUAAUACCGUGGAGGGAGUAUGAGCUUUGUAAUGUUAAGUUCCGUUUAAUUAAACCCUCAGUGUAGGUCAGCAAACAAAAAAUGAAGUGGCCCAGUAGGACUUUAUGCAAGUUAAGACAUGGAAAACAGAAAUUUGGAUGACCUUAAGUUUAAGUAAUGUGGGAGAGCAUUGUCAUCAAAUUUGAAGGUAAGCAAGGCAUGAAAUAAAGUUCAAUAGCAAGUCGGCUGAAACAAGGACAAAAUUAGAGGAUAUUUUGCAGUUAGUUAUGGAGCAGUCUAGGUGAUCUCACAGAAGAUUGGUUGAAAGUUCAGAUUGGGGUCAAAUGUGACAACAAAGUUGAUUCAGCCCCAGACAAUUACCAGUGAGAAUGGUAGAGUGGGUAGUGAGGGAACAAAGUUUGAGACAGAAUGAAGCACAAUCCUUUAGUGUUAUUGAUAUUUAAUUGAGAAAAGAAUAGUGCUCAUUCAGUGCUGGAGGCUGGCCAAACAAACUGACAAUUUUAGAUUCUGGAGUGGUCAAGAAAGGUGAUGGGGAAAUAGAGUUGGAUGUUACUGCAUACAUGAGGAAAAUUGUGCUGUGUUUGCAGAUUAAUGACACCAAGAGGUAGUAAGUGGCUGGAAUUAGGAGGAGGGGGGCAAACCUAGAUCCUUGGGAGACCUAAUUUGGGAAAAUAAAGAGCAACAAUUUGUGAAAAAAAAUCUAACACCAGUUUAAGAUUUUUCUAGGCCUCAUCUCAGAACUUACAGAAAAUACUUCGGCUAAAAACAGCUACCAACAAAUAUUAUUUCUAAUCUUAGCUUCUUACAGGAGUAUCCUCCCUGAUACCGCCACAUUCCUGCUAGGCUGCAAUGGCUCCUUAUCAUUUCACCACGCCACAUCUCCCAUCCAGCAAUCCCCAGGAUCUACUUCAAGACAGCCAGCACAAGUGAAAAUAUCCAUGUGAGCUAUGGAACUGUUAGGGACCAAUACCGAGAAAUCCUUAGACUGACCUCUUUGGAUUUACAGCAUCAGUCCUGACUUUCAUUCCCUUCUUUUAAUCAGGUGCUAACUAACUUUUACAAGCUAAUUUUAUUUCUUAAAAAAUGGAUUGAGGAUGAUCCUCUCACCUAUCCUUCCUGUGUUUACAAUGAUGUGUUAGAUGGUUGUAUGUGUAUGCCUAUGUACGUGUGGAGAGUAUAGUCUAGGCAUUUCUGAAAGAAUUGUACUGAUACUUUCUAAAGAUAAUAAUGUGACUUCAUGGAUUUUUUUGGUGAAUAGUCAACCCACUGUCUUGAAAAAUGAUUCAAGUCUGCUGGGUGUUCCACAAUGUGACAUUAUGACUUUGCAUAGCUCAACAGAGCACCACCAAGAUACUGUUUGAAAGAUAAAGAAACUUGGGUUCUAAAUCUGUAUAUGAGAGCCCUAAUGGGAUUCCAGUUUCAGCCUGACACAGUGAUUCAUUUGAGUGCCAAUAGAUCUUAGUGCCAUUCCUCUUCUUUUUACUGUAACUAUAUUGUAAGAAUAAAGUGUGUUUUAAUUAAAGCCUAA